AUGUAUCUUAUUCUGGAGGACAACUUCAUCCGCUUGCGUCUCCCCCGUUACCGCUUCUUAACACCCCUCUACUAUUUCUGUAGCCACAGGUCUGUGCAGAAUCCCCGACAAAACUGUCAGGAGUCGUUUGAGUUAGUUUCAACCAGCUUGUACCAAACACUGACCAAAGAGCUGCCCUGUGAGGCUGGAACCAGUCUGUACCAAAAACUCACAAAGGAGUUGCCCUGUGAGACUGGAACCAGUCUGUACCAAACACCGGCCCAGGAGCUUCCCUGUGAGGCUGGAACCAGUCUGUACCAAACACUGACCAAGAGGCUGCCCUGUGAGGUUGGAACCAGUAUGUACCAAACACUGACCAAGAGGCUGCCCUGUGAGGUUGGAACCAGUCUGUACCAAACACUGACCAAGAGGCUGCCCUGUGAGGUUGGAACCAGCCUGUACCAAACACUGACCAAGGAGCUGCCCUGUGAGGCUGGAACCAGCCUGUACCAAACACUGACCAAGGAGCUGCCCUUUGAGGCUGGAACCAGCCUGUACCAAACACUCACCAAGGAGCUGUCCUGUGAGGCUGGAACCAGUCUGUACCAAACACUCACCAAGGAGCUGCCCUGUAAGGCUGGAACCAGUCUGUACCAAACACUCACCAAGGAGCUUCCCUGUGAGGCUGGAACCAGUCUGUACCAAACACUGACCAAGGAGUUGCCCUGUGAAGCUGGAACCAGUCUGUACCAAACACUGACCAAGGAGCUGCCCUGUGAGGAUGGAACCAGCCUGUAG